AUAUAUAACACAAGGUAUAAUUCUAUCAUGGGGCAGGCCGUUGGUCUUUCAUCAGUUCGCUAAAUUCAGAUUUGUAAAUUAUGUGUUGAACUUGGCCUCAAAAUUUGUUAUUUCUUUCUCCCUUAUCUGGCUUUGGACUUGGAAAACUGACCGGUUGCAGCCAUGGCACACACAUUUCGGUUGAAUUGGUUUAAAAAACUGCUAAAUUCGUGGUCUCUCAGCAAAAAGUAUCAGCACAUGGACGACAGUCGCCCGAUUGGCAGCUCCUCGAACAUCAAGGAGUUUAAUGGUUCACGGAAAGUGCCCAGGCUCCCGGAAAAGACCAAUUCAACGGCACCCCGUCCGGCCAGAUCCCACAAACGUCCAACUGCUGUUGUUGUGAAGAUGCAUCCUGUGGUGCGAAAACUAAACAGUUCGAUUAAACCAAAACGGGGCUUGUCCUUUAGUGGCCAGAAGCGGAGGAGGGAUGAGCAGCUGGUUAAGGUCCUGGGAUCCCAGGCGAGUAAAAGCAAACCGAGUCCUCACAUGAUGGCCUGGAUGGAUGUGAGGGACUCGGUGGUGACCAGAAACAUUGAGAAGAUGGUGCGUGAAUCGCAGAUCAGGCUUCAAAGCCGGCGGAUCAGCGAUCGUGUCGAGAAGCGGGGCACUAAGGAGCUGGCCUAUGAGAUUCGUAAAAGGUUAAAGAAGCCCGCCGUGCCAGCCAAGGGCAAGGUAGUGAAGAAGCCUUUGGGCCAGGAGCAGCACAGAAACCUGGAUGUAAGGAUCUCCAGGAUGCCGGCGGGUUCCAAGUCCACGAAUGAUCCCAGCCGCGGGAAUCUCCAGUCCCGUCCCGCCUACCACAUGCGGAUUGCACGUUUCCAAGCCAAAAACUUCAAGGAUCUGCGAAAAAGGUCCAAGGAUAAUAAAACCAAACCCAAACACUCUGCCCCUGCCACAUGCAAACUCAUGGAGGAGGAGCAGAAACGCCUGGACAUUCUUAAGGCGGAGUGGGUGCAGUUGAAGGGACUGGAGACAGCCGCUAGACACAAACAGAACGCGCAGCUCAAGGAAUCGAAGAAGCCAAUGGAUCCGGAGGCCGGGUCUUCAACAGACCUGGACCUAAACACUCUGAUAGUCGAUCCCAAGUCCUUUCUAACCAAGGUCCACGUCAAGAGCCAAUUCUUCUCGGUGGAUCUCGGUGACAAUAUGUCGGUUGAUCCCUUCAUGCUGGAAAGUCCCGAUGUCUUCCCAGAUACAACCUAAAAAGGACUCCCGAAAUUGGUGCCGUACCAGGAGCAGAGUUUUCCAAAAUAUAGCUAUAGGAUGAGAAUAAGAAAGAUACACAAAGCCAUUAUUUUUAAUACCAAAAUUUUACAGGAUUUUCUACGGCAUAAGUUAACAAUAAAAUCCCCAGCACAA